AUGAAGAUUUUCUUCUUUGUUCUCCUCGGAACUGUUGCUUCCUUCCUCACUGAGGAGAAUGAUGAUAGGAUCGUUGGGGGCUACACUUGUCAGAAGCAUUCCGUCCCCUACCAAGUGUCUCUGAAUGAUGGAUCUCACAUAUGUGGGGGAUCUCUCAUCACUGACCAGUGGGUGCUGUCUGCUGCUCACUGUUAUUCUCCCAAAAUACAGGUGCGUCUUGGGGAACACAACAUUCAUAAAAUUGAAGGUGGUGAGCAGUUCAUUGAUGCAGCUAAGAUCAUCCCCCAUCCUGAUUAUAGUAUGCGGACUCUUGACAAUGACAUCAUGCUGAUUAAGCUGAAAUCACCAGCAACCUUAAACUCUCAAGUAUCUACUAUCCCUCUGCCAGAAUGCUGUCCAUCGGCUGAUAUGGAAUGCCUUGUGUCUGGCUGGGGCCUUCUGACAGGCAAGUCUGAGGGUCCUUCACUUCUUCAGUGUCUGGAUGCUCCUGUCCUGUCAGACUCGAUUUGUCACAAGGCCUACCCACGUAGAAUCACUAGCAACAUGUUCUGUCUUGGCUUCCUGGAAGGUGGAAAAGAUUCUUGCCAGAUGGACUCUGGGGGCCCUGUGGUCUGCAAUGGAAAACUCCAGGGUGUUGUUUCCUGGGGCGAUGGCUGUGCUCGGAAAGGGAAACCUGGUGUCUAUAUCAAAGUCUGCAACUACCUGAACUGGAUUCAUCAAACCAUUUCUGAAAACUAA